GUCUGCAAAUUAUUUGAAAUAGAUCCCAAGGAGAGGGCCUACAAAACAUUGCUCUCGGCGCGGAAUUUGACAGAGGUCGUCCGGGAGCCCCAGGAAUAUGUUAUCAACAUCCUUCCUAGGAAAUUGGCAAAGGAUGAGAUAGUGCCUGGGGAGCAUUAUACAGUGAAAGAGCUCCCCCUCUAUCAGGAAGCUAAAGAAGCUGACGCUGAAAGGCGGCGAAAGCUCCUGGAGGAUAGAGAUCAGAAAAAGACUGAAGGCACUAUCCGGAAGGCUCCCGGACAGAAGCGGGGUCCGGACUCCCCUCCGAAGAAAACUUCAGGAAAAAGGGGGAAGCUGGUGAAGAAGCAUGGGAAGGAUGCGAAGGAACCCACUCCUCCCAAGGAGUUUCCUCCUCCACAAACUACCUAUGAGGGGGAAGUAAUGAUAGAGGAGCCAGUAAAUGCUGCUCCGCACUCUAUCUCAAGCGGCCCCGGGCGCAUGUCGGGGUUGAAUCACUCAGGUCCCUCCUUAGUCGCGGCUGCGCGUCUAGCCAACGUGGCUGAGGAAGCUGCAUCUAUCAACCAUCCGGGCAACCUCAAUCCGGAUGCAGCUGAAACGGCCCCGUUGGAGGAAGCGGGGGCAGAAAGCCAAAGUCAGCCUUCCGACGACCCGGAUCGCCUGGCUAUAGUCCUGGUGAAAGGGCCUCCCCUCAAGAAGCCGCGUUUGACGCGCGAUCUACAGUCCGGACUCUUUGAGCGGCUUCAAGAGCGGCAGCAAGAGAUUGAAAUUAGCUGCGCUUCUGCCCAUGACGCUCAUCCGGAUGGAGGCGAGGUGGAGAUGGCUACUGAGACCUCAGCCGUUCCGGCAAUAAUUCCGGCUGAGGAUGCAUCCGGACCUAUGUGCCCGGACGAAAAUAUGGGGGCUCCGAUUCCGGGACACGAGCUACCCUCUCCUUCCUCAUCCGAGGAGGAAUCUGCUGAUGAUGCCGUUCCCGCUAGCCCUUUUAGCUACGCGGAGUUGGAAGCUAAGUUAAAGCAGAUUACUCUUGACUGGAAAGCCAUCAAGCCCUCUGCUAAGAUGUUUGAUAUGAUAGAAACGCUGGUGAGGGGCCUCCGCAGCAUGUCUCAACAACACGCUCUUUUUACUCAGCUGCUGCAGACCGCAGACUAUAUGAGGACCUUCUCCUCUCGGCACCAAGAGAUUGAAAAUCAACUGCGUCUGAGAAUGGAGGAGGCUGAGGCCAGUCUAUCCACCAUGCGAGAGGAAAAUGAAGCCCUCCGGGUGGAGUUGGCUGAGGCAAAGGGUCAAGAAGAAUCAACUGCGGGCCGCCUUCAUGAGGCGGAGGGUGAGGCAGCCCGGCUAAGGGAUGAAUUGAGUCGACUCCGGACAGAAGUUUUGAAUGAAAAGAAACAGAAGGAAGACUUGCAGCUGCGUCUGGAUGUGCAAAAAGAGGAACUUGAACGGGAGUUUGCUGUGGAAAGGGAGGAACUUGCAGCGGAUUACCAGAGACAAGUGGAUGAUACAUUUAUCUUUGGGUAUCGCUGCUGCAUGAAGAAGAACGGUAUAAAGCGAGAUACCCCUUCAAUUCCUCCAAGUGAAGAAAAGAAGCUCCAUGAGAAACCUGCUCCCUGAUAGUUUAUCUCUUCUUGCAAUUUUUCUGCUGUAAUUUUUCCUUCUGUAUAUUUUUGUGGUCCGGAUGUCUCUUUGUAAUUUACAUUUACUCAUAUCAAUAAAACUUACUUCUUUCUCA